AUGUCCUGGACGUCUGAGCCCUCCGACUGGAGCAUCCCCUCGGAUGCCAUAAAGGAUAGAUCAAUCAAACCCUUUGCCAGCGGUGGUUUCGGAAACGUCUACAGGGCCACUUAUCAUGGUGCCCCUGUCGCCGUCAAAUAUCUCAAUGGGUCUCACCAACAAAGGUUCGCUGAAAUGGAGUAUGAAAUCGGUAUCUGGCACAAGUUGAGCCACCCCAACGUCCUCCAGUUUCUCGGUGCGCAUCUGGACAUGCACAGAAUGCUCAUGGUCUCGCCCUGCAUGAAGAACGGGCAUAUAUGGGACUACGUAUGCCAUCACUCGCCGUGCCCUCUGGUUCAGAAGCUCCGGUUCAUGUUUCAAGUCGCCUGUGGGAUGAGCUAUCUGCACCGAAGGAACGUCAUUCAUGGAGAUUUGCAGCCGACAAACAUUCUCAUCAACGACUCACCCUGUGCCGUCGUUGCGGAUUUCGGGCUCGCUCGUGUCAAGGUCAGCACUGCUGUCUCGGUCAGACAGUAUGAAGGAUUCACCGGGACGUACGAUUACGCAGCUCCAGAAAUACUCCGCGACGUCGACCCAGUGGAAACCUCAAAGGAGGGCGAUGUUUUUGCGUUCGCCAUCACCACGUAUGAAGUCCUGGUCGAGGACAACGCAUGGCUCGAUUAUCUCUGUUCAAUCAAACGAAGUCAUGCUUUCAAGGAGAGUGGACGAGGAGCCAGACUCCCCAAAUACGAAGCGUUCGACAAAGAUUCGAUGGUUUCGAGUACUUUUCCAAUUUGGAAUGGAGCGAAGAGUUCGAAAUCUUCAACUCCGAAACACCAGGGCAUCUGCAAUGCAGUCAAGACGAGCGUCGAUUCGUUCUAGGAUGGAUGUACUUCCUUGGUAAGGGUGUCCAGCAGAACGACCGUGAAGCACUCGCAUGCUGGAGGAAGGUGACAACUCCUCAAGAAUACAAACAAGCAUCCAUCUUUUUGACGACCUGGUGUUAGGGAUAGCUCCUGCUUGUUCUCCACUUUGACUGCCCACUUGGCUGUUCCUUUGCCUUCCUG